AAUGUAUUUGAAAAAUCUGAAUAACAAGUAGUAUAAAAUAAUAGAUAACGCCUUCACUCAUUAUUUUUACUUCUAUUUAAAUGUUUAAAUUUGGUAAUUUACACAGUAGUGAUUUGAACAAUAUUAUUUUUAAUACAUACAAUAUACUAUAAUAGAUGUUCCUUUUAACUUAUAAAUUCCAUUAAACAUUUAUCAUGACUUGCAACUGUGUGGAUGCUCCUGUUCCUCCGUUGUUUGGCGUUCAAACUUUAUUUGCUGCUCAACAUACUUCAGAGUCUUGUGGUGCUAAUGGUUUACCAUUAACUCCUAAUUCUAUUACAAUUUUAGGAAAUGCUCAAAAACUUAAGACUUUAAAUCAUCCAAAUUUAGUGUCACAUUUGGAUUUUAUUCGGAAACAGCAUGGCCGCAUCAUUUUGGUCUCUCAAUAUUUUAACCGAUCUCUAUGGACUGAAUCAAAAAACUUUUCAUUACUAAUACCAUUAGAGAAAGUACUAAGUUGGACUCAUAAAGUAUUAUCUGCAUUGACUUAUUUAAACAAUAAUGGUUUAGUACAUCGAUUUUUAACUCCUCAAUACAUAUUAUUAGAUGAAGAAGAUAAUGUUAAACUAUUUAAUUAUGGGAUUUAUUAUAUGACAAAUAGUGGUAAAAAUAUUACUUUUCCUAUUGGAAAACUUAAAUAUACUGCACCUGAAGUAUUAGUUCUCGAUAGAGCUUCAAAUAAAUCUGGUCCUAAAACAGAUUCCUGGUCAUUGGGUAUUAUUGUUUUAGAAUUGUUGUUGGGAGCACAACUUUGGCCAACACUUAAGCUUAGUCAGAUAAUUCGUAAAAUAUUAUCGUUAACACAUUGUACUGAUGUUGUGAUGAGACUUGCUCGUGAAAUGGGUCGUUUGACUAUUUAUCAGUCAUUACCUACUGAAUUGAAAGACUUUCUCAGUAAAUGUAUUUGUAUGGAUGCUACUAAAAGAAUGUGCCCAAAAGAAUUAUAUGAUCAUAAGAUAUUUUCUCUUUAUGAGUAUUCAAAAAUAUUAUCAAAUAAAUGUUAUUCAUGUAAACAUCCAUUGCGUCAAAUGAAACUGAACCAAGUCUAUUAUUUAUGGAAACUUGCUGGUGGAGAUGUUGAAUGGGCAUUAAAAAAAAAAGGCUUAUUAAGAAAUGAAUCAUCUAUUUUACUUUUACCUCGACUGAUCAUUCUUGAAGGAACAUUGUAUGGUAAUACACGUAACCAAAGUUGUUUACUAGACUUACAGAUAAUUGAGCUAUCUUUAGACCUAUUGGUAAAUAGGCUUCAACAUCUAAAAAUAACAGAUUAUGAUCCUUUAAUUGAUCAAAUUAAAGAAUGCGAUGAUACUACUGAUAAGUUACCGCUAGUCAUUCGUGAAAAAGACACUGAAUAUCAGUUUCAUCGAAUUGUCUUGUUUGAUCGUUUAUUAUCAUCUUUUCCUUUCAAAUUGGACAAAUUAAUCACUGAAGCAAAGAAAGAUAUUCCGCCAUAUUUCAGAGGAGAAAUUUGGGCAUGUUUGUUGAAUGUUUGCGGUGAUACAGAAAACACUUAUUUGUCAAUAGAUAAAGAAACUGCUGGUGUAACAGAUAGACAAAUCGAAGUUGAUAUACCAAGAUGCCAUCAAUAUAAUGAUCUAUUGUCGUCUUCAGUAGCUCAUAAAAAAUUAAAAAGAGUUUUAAAAGCAUGGCUUGUUAGUCAUCCCGAAUAUGUUUAUUGGCAAGGAUUAGAUUCAUUGUGUGCACCAUUUGUUUAUUUAAACUUUUGCAAAGAACAUGUAGCCUAUGCAUGUUUAACGGCAUUCGUGAAAAAAUAUUUAAAUGAUGUAUUUUUACGUGACAACUCUGCUGUUAUUCGAGAAUAUUUAAUAAAAUUAUUUCAUUUAAUUGCAUUUCAUGAUCCACAAUUAGCAAAUCACUUGGAUGACAAAGGUUUCAUACCAGAUUUAUUUGCUAUACCUUGGUUUUUAACAAUGUUUUCCCAUGUGUUUCCCAUGCAUAAAAUAUUUCAUCUUUGGGAUAAACUCUUACUAGGUGAUUCGUCAUAUCCGUUGUUUGUAGGAUUAUCAAUCCUUACUCAGUUACGCAGUACCCUAUUAAAUUCUGGGUUUAAUGAGUGUAUAUUAUUGUUUUCGGACUUACCAGAAGUGGACAUCGAGAAGUGCGUUUUAGAAUCAUCUAAGUUUAGUGACGUAACACCAAGGUCAAUUACAUUUAGAAAACAUGAGUUCAGAACUGAAACUCGAGAGCAUGAUCCAUGUUUAAUUUAUGAAAUAUUGCAAAAUGAAUUUAGUCCUAGAAUAAGUGUUUAUGAUUUGCAAGAAUUAAAAAAGUCCAGCCAUAAAUUUUUGGUUGUGGACUCGAGAGCACAAGAAUGUUACAUAGAAAAGAGUAUACCGGGUAGUUUAAAUAUUCCUGUUAAGGAAGAAGACUUUGCCGAUGAAAAUUUUGAUUUAGAGCCUAGCCCAGAAUUAAGUGCCUUAGUUAAUAAUAGAGGUAGUGUAUUAAUAGUGGUUGACAAUGAUAAUGAAUUAAAUAAAGUUAACAAGUUUUGUAGAUUUUUGGUGAAAAAAGAAUACCCAAAAGUAUGCAGUUUGCAUGGAGGUAUUGAGGUGUUAGAAACUUUUAAUAUUUUGGUACCAGCUAUACUAUUUUGAUUCAUCAUAGAAAUAUUAUUUUAUGUAUUUUAUUUUAAUUCAAAUACGAAUUUAAAUAAUAAUUGUUAUUUUUUGUAUAGUAUUAAGUUUUAUUUUUUUUUUAUUGUGUUAUACUCCGAGUAUAUAUGAAGAUUUAAUAUUUUUAAUUAUGAAAUUUAUAUUAUAUAUUAUUGAGUGUGUUUAUUGUUAAUGUUAAUUGCAAUUUAUGUCCCAUUAAAAAAUAUUAUAUUUAUACACGUUUAUCAUAAAUAUUAUUUAUUUAUAAAUACAGAUAAAAACGUUAUAAACGUUAAAAUAAUUUACCAAUAUGUAUCAUUAUUAUUACUAUUGUAUAUUAUUAUUUAUUAAUAUACUUAUUGAAAUGUGUAAAAAUAUUUCAUGUUCUUAUGUUCAAUAUUUUGAAUAACUACUUUUAAUAGCUUAACAUUUUUGAAAAAUAAUAUUUGAAUUAUUGACAAUAUUUGGUUCAUUCAUUAUAUUUUAUAUGUUUUAAUAUAUAAGAAAUUGAUUUAAUUCUAAUUUUGAGUAUAUUAUAAUAUGUAACAAUUAGUAAGUUCAAAGAAAAAAUUAUUAGAAUAGUGAUUUUAUUUGUAUACAGGUCAAUUUCAUUUGCAUUUUUUAAUAUUUAACUCGAUGUAUUAAAACAUUAAAACAUUUAUAUUAGAUGUACAUUUAAAUAACUUAUAAUAUUAAUUUUUUAAAACUUUUUCAGUGAUAUUUUAUAACUAAUUAUAACUAAAUAUAUUAUAUAUUGUAAAGAUUGAAUUAUUUAAUUAACUUGGUACCUAAGAUAUUUUAUACUUAAUCAUCAUUUUUAUGUAAUUUACCUGGCUGUACCUUGAGUUAUAAUUUUUAUUUAACAUAUUUAUUUUUUUUGUAAUGUCUUUCUUCACAAAACUUGUAAGCAUAUAAUAUAUAUUUUUCAAUUUUUCAUAUUCAUUAUUCAUGUUUAUAUUAAUCAUAUUAAUCUAAUUUGAAUGAAUUUGGUUAAUAUUUUAUAUGUUGUAAAAAUGUUAUUUGUCAAAUUAUCAAGUUCCUUUAAAUCUAAAAUAAAUGUUUAUUUGUUGUUAACUUUCAUGUUUCUUUAAAAACCUAUUUGUUAUUCAACUGCGUUAAGUAAUUACUUAUUACCAUAAUAUAUUUUAUUUAAUUUUAAUAACAUUUUUUUUAUUAUUAUUGUAUUUAAUAGUUAUUAUAUAAUCUACAAAAUAAAUGUUCUGUUUCAUUAUUAAUUUCAAGUUUAUUAACUUAACUUUAACUGUUGAACACUUUCAUCCCCUCAUAUUUAAUACUACCUAUAUAACAGUGAUAUUUUUAAUAUUGUUCACACAACUGCUGCCUAUUGUAGUAGACUAUAACAAUAAAAUUAGUACCUAUAAAGUGUAAUACCACAUGUCUAUUUAUGUAUAAUUUAUAUUAAUAUUAAUAUAUUUGUAUUUUUAAACAGCUGUGAAUUGUGAUAGUGUGAUUGUAUUUUGUAAAUUAAAUUUAUACCUAUUUUACCAUUUUGACGAGAUUAUUAAAUUAUUCAAUAAAAUGCAAAUUCUGUAUUU